GCAAAAAUGAGAAAUACACUAUGCCAUAGAUCAAACGACCGUAUCUAUUUGUCCUUAGCUAGGGUUCAGGCAACUACCCCCAUUUGCAUCACUCUUCAUCCGCUCCUUAGCUAGGGUUCUGAGCCACCACCGUCCCCUACGCCACCACCGUCUCCGCCACCAAAUAUCAGUUAUAAACCACUAACCGUCUUGCCACCGAAGACGUGUUCGGGGGAUUUGAUUCAAGGUAAAGAAUUAUGGUAGCUGUGAGGCUACAUCUGGUUUGACAUCAAGUCUAGCAUUCACACCAGAGCAGAUGAGUGUUGUUACCGAUUCUCCUGUGCAUUCGUCCAACAGUGAUGACUUCAUUGCAUUUCUUGAUGCUGAACUUGGUGCAAGUUCACCGGAAUCAUCACCAGAUAAAGAGGCUGAAAACGAAGAUGAGCUUGAGAGCGUCAGAUAUCAUUUCAAGAGACGAUGCUACAAUUUUGUUCUUUUGCUUCACUUCUUGGUAACAUUUCACUGAUUGAUACUCUAACUUAUGAAUUAAAGCAGAAUUAAAAGACAUAAAAUUGAAAGCACUGAAGAGACGGAGGGGUCUACUUCAGAAGGAAUCAUGAAACAGAACUUAGAGACAUCUACCAAGGUAGAUGUAUGUACACAUCCUGGCUCAUUUGGAAGUAUGUGUAUACGUUGUGGGCAGCAGUUGGAUGGGAAAUCUGGUGUGACAUUUGGGUACAUACAUAAGGGAUUGAGACUUCAUGAUGAGGAAAUUUCUAGAUUGCGUAAUACAGACAUGAAGAGUUUGUUAUGUCGUAAAAAACUCUACUUGGUUCUUGACCUAGAUCACACACUGCUAAAUUCCACUCUCCUUGCUCAUUUGAGUUCAGAAGAGUCAUAUUUGCUUAAUCAGACGGAUUCUCUACGAGACAUCUCCAAAGGUAGCCUCUUCAAAUUGGAUUACAUGCAUAUGAUGACCAAGUUAAGGCCCUUUGUCCGCUCAUUUCUGAAAGAAGCUACUGAAAUGUUUGAGAUGUACAUAUAUACCAUGGGUGAUCGGCCAUAUGCAUUGGAGAUGGCUAAGCUACUUGAUCCUCAAGGAGAGUACUUCAAUGCUAAGGUUAUUUCGCGAGAUGAUGGGACUCAGAAGCAUCAGAAAGGUCUUGAUGUUGUGUUAGGGCAAGAAAGUGCAGUCCUAAUUCUUGAUGAUACAGAACACGCAUGGGUGAAACAUAAAGAUAAUCUUAUACUGAUGGAAAGAUACCAUUUUUUUGCUUCAAGUUGUCGACAGUUUGGUUUCAAUUGCAAAUCCCUUGCUGAACUGAGGAAUGAUGAGGAUGAAACUGAUGGAGCGCUUGCAAAAAUCCUCAAAGUGCUCAAGCAAGUCCAUUGCACAUUCUUUGAUAAACAUCAAGAAGAUGAUCUUAUUAACCGAGAUGUGAGGCAGGUUUUGUCAUCAGUUCGAAGUGAAGUCUUGAGCGGAUGUGUGAUUGUUUUCAGCCGUAUUUUUCAUGGUGCAUUGCCAUCUCUGCGGAAGAUGGCAGAGCAGAUGGGAGCUACUUGUUUGGCAGAAGUUGACCCAUCUGUGACACACGUAGUUGCUACUGAUGUUGGAACUGAAAAGUCCCGGUGGGCAGUGAAGGAAAACAAGUUUUUGGUUCAUCCCCGAUGGAUAGAGGCUGCAAAUUAUUUUUGGGAAAAGCAGCCUGAGGAGAACUUCAUCAUCAAGAAAAAGCAGUAGGCAUUUUCCUCGUAGUAUCAAACAGUGCUGUGUUCAUAAUUGUUUGCUUCCAUAGUGACCCAAGUAUCUGAAAGUAUAUGUAAUACCCAACCAACAGCCAUCUAACUAUGAAUCAUGAACUACUGACUUACAUUUUCAAUAGAAAAGAACCAUUUUUAUCUCUAACUCGUAUGCUUCUGGACUACUUGUGUCGUAGUUGUCUUCGUGCAUGCUUACAAUGAAGUUUUAUGACAAGGAGUAUGCGGAAAUCAAGCUUUAGAUCUGCUGCUGCUGCUGCUGCUUAUUAGUAAGUAGUUACUUACAGUAGGUGCUGUGAAGAGCAUUCUCUUUUCAUUUGAGUACACUCGGUUGUAGCACGCCAAUGAUAAAAUGUUUUGCUGGUCUGGUCAAGAGUUGUACGACAAGUGUCAAAGUACUUAAGGGAAUUACUCGAAUCCUGGAAUGAAAUUUCGACGUUACUGCUUUGACUGAAUUUCAUCAGAUCGUCUUCCUCUGCAGUAAAAAUUGGAGGUGGGAUGUUUAUAUUGGAGGAAAAAUAUGUAGAUUUUAAAAUUCUCAUCUUGUCAUUUUUGUAUAUAACAACUUAUCGUGGUUUAAGCCAUUGAUCUUUCUGUAUUUUUAA